CCUUUCGUGUGCGUGACAUUUAAACGCAGCACUGCGUGUUACGUAGGCAUAUAAACAAUUACGUAACAAAUCAUGGCUGCCGGGUUGACGAGGACUCUGUCAAAGUCCUGCAGGCAGAUUGCUCGCUCAUGGGGUCACUGCCAGGGUGCAUGGAGGAGCACAUCCACCAAGUCUGCCCUGGACCCUGUGCAGGCUGCCGGGGUGGGUUCCUUCCCUCCUCUGCAGUCCUACUCCGAGGAAGAGAGCAUGAUGAGGGAAUCAGUUAGAAAGUACGCACAGGAGCGUAUCGCUCCCUUUGUGGCCAAGAUGGAUGAGCAAUCUAUGAUGGAUGGAGAAGUGAUCAAGUCUCUCUUUGAACAGGGCCUAAUGGGCAUCGAGAUCGACGCGGACUACGGCGGCACCGGCUCCACGUUCUUCUCCUCCAUUUUGGUCAUCGAGGAGCUGGCCAAAGUGGACGCCUCUGUGGCCGUGCUGUGCGACAUCCAGAACACGCUGAUCAACACGCUGUUGGUGCAGCUGGGCACCCCGGCUCAGAAGGAGAAGUACCUCAGCAGACUGUCGACCGACAUGAUUGGCAGCUUUUGCCUGUCUGAGGCCGAGUCGGGCAGCGACGCCUUCGCCCUGAAGACGCGUGCGGAAAAACACAAGGACUAUUACGUCAUCAACGGGUCCAAGAUGUGGAUCAGCAACGCGGAGAACGCCGGAGUAUUCCUGGUGAUGGCUAAUGUGGACCCCGCAGCUGGCUACAGAGGCAUCACCUGCUUCCUGGUGGACAAGGAGGCGGAGGGCCUGGAGGUGGGCAAGAAGGAGAACAAGCUGGGACUGCGCGCCUCUUCCACGUGUCCGCUCAACUUUGACAACGUCAAGGUGCCGGAGAAGAACAUUUUGGGCCAAGUCGGUCACGGCUACAAGUACGCCAUUGGAAUGCUGAACGAAGGCAGGAUUGGAAUUGCAGCUCAGAUGUUGGGUGUGGCACAAGGCUGCUUUGACCACACGAUUCCUUACACCAGACAGAGGAUGCAGUUCGGGAAGCGGAUCUUUGACUUCCAGGGUAUGCAGCACCAAAUCUCCCACGUGGCCACGCAGAUCGAAGCCGCCAGGUUGCUGACGUACAACGCCGCUCGGCUGAAAGAAGCCGGGAGGCCUUUCAUCAAGGAGGCCUGCAUGGCCAAAUACUUCACUGCCGAGGUGGCAACGUUGACCACGUCCAAGUGCAUCGAGUGGAUGGGAGGGGUGGGCUUCACCAAAGACUACCCCAUUGAGAAAUACUACAGAGACUGUAAAAUUGGAACCAUCUACGAGGGCACGACAAACAUCCAACUGUCCACCAUGGCGAAAUUUAUCGACAAGGAGUUUGACAAUUGAAAUGACGGAGCCAGACUGUCUGAUACGUUGCACUACUACCAUUCUGCCAUGUUACACUCCUCUCUUCUUAACCAUCACAUUUGCCGGGGCGUUAUCUAAUAAGUCUACAUGGUUUUACUAGAAAUGACGCAAUAAUACUGCACAAAAACAUGGAAUUAUUGUUACUCACGUUUUGUUUAACUACAUAUAAAUAUGGAGAUUAAUAUUGAAUGUUUCAGUGCCUUUUGCUGUGCCCGACUUCAUUAAAGGUAAGUUCAUCUUUGUUCAAUUAUCAUUACUUUCCAAGCAGUUCCCGAAUUGCGUCGCUAGAUGGCAGCAUUUCCCCAGUUACAAGUUACAUUUGAGCAGCCAAUGGCGCUCCUGCUUCAGAUAGAAACAUCUUGUGCCUAAUUGACACAUUUUGCAGGAGAGUAGACGCUACAACGGCCACUUCAUUAGGUACACCAAUAGGACACAAUGUCUGAUGUAAAAAUGGAGUAACUAGUCAAAUAUACACACAAUGUAAUUACUAAAUAACCUAACAAUUAUAAUGUGUUAGUCCUGCAUUUAUGACGUCAUAUGUUGCAUGCAUUUUCUAACAAGUCCUUCCACCCUCCUUGUCUUUAAUGCAGCCAGUAAAACUUUUGAUUUGUGCUGCUUAAUAUUCAAGUUUAAUUUUCACCAAACAUUUUUCUUAUUGAGGGUGUUACGCCUGCUAGAAAUUGACUGAUUUUCUUACUCGCAUAUUCAUUGCUUCUGCAGAACUUCCAUUAUCGCAAGUGGAAAUAUUUAAAUAUGAAUUCCAAGAAAUCAAGUUAAAAAUUGCUUUUUUUUUAAAAAUGUAUCAGACCCUUUCCGUGCUAAAAGAAAUUGCUUAUCCUACAAGUGCAACUGGGAGAAGCUGCGGAGGAACAAGCGGUAGAAAAUGGAUGUAUGGAUAAUACAUUAUUAACAGCAUUGUCAAACAAUAAUAAUAAUAAUAAUACAAUACAUAUGACUUUUUUAAAGGAAUAUACGCAUCAGAUUUCAGUAUAUUGAGAUAAGCAAAUUGUUAAAAGUAAACAAAGGGUACUUUUAGUAAAAACAAGCACUGUCAAAUGAUUGUUUUUUAAUCGGAUUAAUAAUACUUCUAAAUUUGGAUUAAUCGUGAUUAAUCACAGCUAAUUACUUUCUUACAUAAUUUACAUCAACCUAAAAAAAAAAAGACCUCAAUGUUUUGACACAAAAUAUGCAGUUGCAUUGAGUACAUGUAUUUUUGUCUGUCAAAAUGGAGAAAACUAAUACAUUUAGCAAUAAAAUAUAAAGUACUUUAAUGACUCAUAUUAUUUCCAGGCUUUCCAGGGCCAAAUAAAGUGACGUGGCGGGCCAGAUGUGGCCCCCGGGCCUUGAUUUGGACAAUUGUGCACUAGCAUAUGAGUAGACUGUGUGCAUGGAAAAUGAAAAAUAACUGCUAAUUCCCAAUAAUGAUGUUACUUUUUAUACCGUAAAUAUGUUCCCUUAUGCAUUCUUUUGAUUUCAUAUACUCGAGUACAUUUUAGGACCAUAUCUGUGGACAAAGAUGAAGAUUUCGAAGUAAAACGAGAUGGGUUAUAUGUAUCUGAUUGGAUAUUGUUUAUAUUACCGAACCUUUCUCAUGAUAUUGUUGGAUUCAAUUACACACAAGUCGGCCAAUGUAGAUUUCGGGGUGUCAAACUCAUUUUAGCUCAGGGGCCACAUGGAGGAAAAUCUAUUAAAAUCAUGGCAUUCAAACUAAAAAAAAUAAAGACAACUUCAGAUUG